GCUCCCGGUGGCACGCGAGACACCAGCUGCAGGACGCGGCUGACCGCUGAGGUACGGACCUGAGGUGAUGGAGCCGCCGAAGGUGGAAAAGUUCAGCACCGCCAACAGGGGAAACGGGCUGCGCGCCUUGGCUCAGCUGCGCCCGGGAGAGCUGCUCUUCCGCUCGGAUCCCUUGGCGUACACGGUGUGCAAGGGGAGUCGUGGCGUCGUCUGUGACCGCUGCCUCCUUGGGAAGGAAAAGCUGAUGCGGUGUUCUCAAUGCCGAGUUGCAAAAUACUGUAGUGCUAAGUGUCAGAAAAAAGCUUGGCCAGACCACAAGCGGGAAUGCAAAUGCCUUAAAAGUUGCAAACCCAGGUAUCCCCCGGAUUCUGUUCGACUGCUUGGCAGAGUUGUUUUCAAACUUAUGGAAGAAACACCGUCUGAAUCGGAGAAACUUUACUCAUUUUAUGAUCUGGAGUCAAAUAUUAACAAAAUCACUGAAGAUAAGAAAGAGGGCCUCAGGCAGCUGGUAAUGACAUUUCAACAUUUCAUGAGAGAAGAAAUCCAGGAUGCUUCUCAGCUGCCACCUUCCUUUGACAUUUUUGAAGCUUUCGCAAAAGUGAUCUGCAAUGCUUUCACCAUCUGUAAUGCAGAGAUGCAGGAAGUUGGUGUUGGCCUAUAUCCGAGUAUGUCUUUGCUAAAUCAUAGCUGUGACCCCAAUUGUUCCAUUGUGUUCAACGGGCCCCACCUCUUACUGCGAGCAGUCCGGGACAUCGAGGCAGGAGAGGAGCUCACCAUCUGCUACCUGGACAUGCUGAUGACCAGUGAGGAGCGCCGGGAGCAGCUGAGGGACCAGUACUGUUUUGAAUGUGACUGUUUGCGAUGCCAAACCCAAGACAAGGAUGCUGAUAUGCUCACUGGCGAUGAGCAAGUAUGGAAGGAAGUUCAAGAAUCCUUGAAAAAAAUUGAAGAACUGAAGGCACAUUGGAAGUGGGAACAGGUGCUGGCCAUGUGCCAGACAAUCAUCAGCAGCAACGCUGAACGCCUUCCCGAUAUCAACAUCUACCAGCUGAAGGUGCUCGACUGUGCUAUGGAUGCGUGCAUCAACCUCGGUCUGCUGGAGGAGGCCUUGUUCUACGGGAUCCGGACCAUGGAGCCGUACAGGAUUUUUUUCCCCGGAAGCCAUCCUGUCAGAGGGGUGCAGGUAAUGAAAGUGGGCAAACUACAGUUGCACCAAGGCAUGUUCCCCCAGGCGAUGAAGAACCUCAGACUGGCUUUUGAUAUUAUGAGAGUGACCCACGGCAGAGAGCACAGCCUGAUUGAAGAUUUGAUCCUACUUUUAGAAGAAUGUGACGCCAACAUAAGAGCAUCCUAAGGGGUGCAGUCAGAGGGAAGGACAGCUUCUACCCUUAUUGAAUGUCAUAUAGAGGUCACACACUCUACACUGUUGUGCGAGCCUCCCUACUGGGAAUGUGAUUCUCUGUUCAUGUAGGUAAACAAAGGCAGACAUACAGUGUGCCAACCACAAGAAUCACUCGUUGUAGAGAAGCACAAUUAUAAGAAAUAUACAAAAUUUGGUUGAAAAUACCAUCUGGUAAUCGUUUGCUUCCUCAUUGGUUGACUUCAGUGUUUAAGAUCUCAACAUUCUCAACAUGAAGGAUGGAAAGUUCUAUUAAAAGCAUGGUAGAAUAAGUUGUAACUUUCUCUUUGGCUAUCUGUGGGGAUAAUUGGAUUAAAAAUCAGUGUUUUCACAAGCAAAAGCUUAUUGUCUAUUUUGUCAAGAAAGCGGAGUUUCAGAUGUUUUCUUUACUAGUUGUGGUGACAUGUACAUCCCUUAUUUACUCCCAAAUACAUCUCCUGAAUCCUAGAAAGAAGUCAUUUUAGGUGUUACUAGAAAAGCAUAGGAAGUCUUAAUGGAAAAGAAAAAAUGUUUUUUCAAACGUCUUGUGACUCUUCUGUGCAUUUUGUACCAUUUUGUACAUGUCAUGCUUUUUCUUUCCUUGGAGUUUUUUUCCGUAAUUCCCUAUAUCUGUGGUUUGACCAGGUGACAUGCGUACCCCGAAGCUCCAUUAUCCUGCAUCCCAGCUCAAAACGGAUAUUUUUGUUUCUUCUUCCUCUCUCUCUACCCACUUUUCCACCUUUCUGUGUUAUUCAAAUUCAGAGAAAUUUUUCCUCUGGGGGAAGAAAAAGGAGGUGAUUUCUUCUAUGGCUCCGUGACCCUGUGAGCAGUUUCGUCCCUCCUGCUUAGAUGGGCUCAGGCAGUAAUUACGGUAAUGAGGGAGGCUCCAGUCACCCCCACCUUAUUUUACAAGCAAGGAAAGGAGGUACUUACUGGGGGUGGUGUCCUGUUCCCCAGGCCCCGGGAUCUGCCCUGCCCUCACAGAAGGAGCCCCGUGGCCACGUGGGGCGCAGGCCACUGUCAGAAUGACACAGGGGCAUCUGCUCAAGCCGGAAGGAACCAGCCUCGCUUGGCGGCAGAGAAGGCUGACCGCCGGAAGCUGGAGUCGAUGUGCCAAACGCCUGGCGAUCAUUUUGAUCGUGGAAAUGUGCACAGUGUCCGGCACGCGGGUGCGUUCUGCAGGCUUUCUGUCGGCUUCUGCUGGCCCAGGCAUGGCGGACUGUGGCUGGGUAUGCUCACUGCCUGCAGUUGCCGGUGGGUCAGCUGGGGAAAGGAGGGUGACAGGGUCACGCAGCUCACUGGGUUGGCCCAGUCUCGUUCAUGUGGCAGCAGGGUUCCAGGAAGAGGAAGUAGGCAGGCCUCAGUACGCAAGCGCUUCCUGUGUCGGCUGGCAUUGCAUUUGCCCAUAUCCCACGGGACCAAGCCAGGCACAAGGCCAGCCCGGAAUGGAGGGUGGGUAGAGCCUCCUCACAGUCAUCCUAUUGCACAACAUGGGGUUGUGGAGAGGAAGAUAAUGUGACCAUCAAGGCGAUCCACAUAGUCCCGUGUUGGUGUUCCAGAACAUUCAGUGAAUUGGAUGAAAUUCAUAGACCUUCUUUCUGGAAAACCAUAUCCACCCCAACAAUUUGCUCUUAGGAUCAGGGACCCUUGAACUGCCCGUUGUCUGUCAGUGGACUCCCCUUCGUCUAAUGAGAAACAGACUUGCUACCUUUCAGAAUCACUUACGGGAAUUACACAUUUUAAAUUCAUUAGGGAAAGAGAAAAACCGUAUCAGGAGGCAGGGGUAGUCCCUCACAGGCCAAAUGAGCAGGGCUCACUGCUAGAACCCUGUGUUGGCCAAUUUUCAGAGUGAGAUUUAUCAGGCAAUGAUGAUCCUGGAUAAAGCGAUUUGCCCUUCUGCCUGCUAGAGAAGGCGUGACAGGCUUUUAAAUCCUCCCCGCUCCCUUCCCGUUGUGUGGGAGAAGGUUCCCUUAGGAGCGAGGGGCUCAGCUUGCACGGGCUUCUAAUAGAAAGUAAACGUUCAAGCAAUGGUAAACAUUGACCCAGCAUCUUUACCACAAAAUAAUUUGGGGCAAGGGGGGAGGGGACGGGGAGCGUGGUGUUAAAUCCGUGUCAUCCGUGGCUGGCGACUUACAGCCGCCCCAGCCACCAUGACUGUGAUUUCAUUAAUCCAGUCAUCGUAGCGGCAGGCUUUUUGCACAUCAGUAACUUGACGCCAUUAGUUGCUCCUCUGGGAUGAGAACACAUUUAAGCUGAAAGUGAACACACUGGGCAUAAUUUAUAGCCAGGCCACAUGAAUGCCAAGCGUGCAGGGAGGAAGGCUGCCUGGGAAGCCAGCUCGCUAUGGGGGCUCAGGGCCGGCGCCGUCCAGCCAGGCCAGAAUGCUGGGCAGAGAGGGUGGCUGGCGCCCCACGAGGCCGCUUGGCCACAGACCAGAGAGCGCCCCUGUCCAGCUUCGCUGCAGGGUGACAGAGAAAGGCAUCCGUGGGAGCCCGCCCCAGAGUCAGGUCUUGAGAAUUCUCUUCUGGCUCAGUCAGGAGUUGAUGUCACGCUCAGUCAGAGGAGCCCACGGGGACGCCCCAGGGAGAAGAUUCUGGGCAUUAUCUUUGGAGCAUCAUAAAAUCCUCUGACAAGCAAUCAUCGUCAGGGGCUUCAGGAAUACACUGGAGCCCUCCUUUUACCUGAGGUCUGUAAGAGAUCGGACUGGUGGAGAAGGGCCAGCAACACCACCACCCCCAGCGUGGGACGUUCCCUUAACCUUUCAAGGUUUGGAUGCGCCAAAGUGCUAAGGUCUCACAAUCAACCUAGUCAAAGCCAAUUCAGAACAGGGGAGACCAGUUCUCUGCCCAGCAUAUUCAGCUCCACGCUACCAUCAUCCUCCCGGCUCUUCAGCACAGAAACUCACUCACCGACUCUCUCCUCUGACAAAGGAAUAAGUUCUGUCUAUCCAUCCUCCGAAGUGCUUUCUUUCAUUUCAGCCAUUUUUAUUCUUACCUAUUCCCAGGCUCUAUCAGGCCCCGACUCGUCGUUCCUCAGCCCCCUGCAAAGACCUCCUCCAUCUCACCCCUCCUUUCUCUGUCCUCCAUCAGAGCUGCCAGAGGCACCUUCCAGAAAUACCCGUUUCUUCAUCUCUUAUAACCCCCUCUGCUCAAAAGCUUGCAGUGGCUCCCCAUUGCCACUAGACUCAGUCAAGUCUUCAGACUGGCAUUCGUGGUCCCAGACCACUGACACAUGGCCCAAACCCCUGAGUGUUAAACUUCCUGGUCCCCCCACGCACCUGCCACUCUAGAUGGAUCCGUACCUGCCCCUGACCCCCCACCCCGCUUCAGUCUCCUGAAUCUGUCCUCUUCUUGGACGGGUCCUUGUUUGUUCAUACUGACCUAAUCCUCUUUCUUCUCCAUCUGUCUCUUACCAGUUCUCAAAGACCUAGCCUGAGCCUCCAUCCUCCUGUUUCUUUCCUUCUUUUUAAUUGAAAUACGGUCUAGUCUGUAACCAUAAUUCUUCUAUGUGAUGCUCAAGUCCUAUCAGCUUUGGCUAUUGGGAUUUUCUUCAGGUUAAAUGUCUUGUGUGUUCCUAUCAUUUUGGAAACACUUUUUUACUCCGAGGUACAGCGAGGUGUUUCAGGCUCACUUUAUACUUUCUCACUCUAGACUUGGAACUAGCUAUUCUUUAAGGAACCCUGGUCUUUUUAGUAAGGAAUGGUAUUCAGGAACCCUAAUCCCUGCACUAUGUUUGUUUAUUGCUACUAGAGUGACACUUCUUAUUUGUAACAUUUAAUCUCUUAGUUUGUCACUCGUUUUUUGACUUUGCUUUAAUAUUUUGCCCUGAGUUCCUUUGAAUAGCAUUUUCCAAAAAUACUCCAUAAGAAAUCUACUCCAGGAUAAAGCAGGGUUCUAUUGUAAAGUUACAAUAGUACCACCAACCUUCCCAGAUGGUCCUUGAUUCUUUUUUUAUUAUUAUUUAUUUAAAUUCAGUUAGCCAACAUAUAGUACAUCAUUAGUUUCUGAGGUAGUGUUCGAUGAUUCCUUAGUUGUGUAUAACAUCACGUGAUGUGAUGAGCACUGGAUGGUCCUUGAUUCUUAGCUGUUCCUGAGUUGAGUGGAUAUUUUGAUUGAUUGAUUGAUUGAUUUUUAAAGAUUUUAUUUAUUUAUUUGACAGAGAGAGAGACAGUGAGAGAGGGAACACA